AUGAUCAACGAUAAGGGCUUUAAGGACCAUAUCCUGAAACCCCACUGCGAGGAUGUUCGGGAUGAACUGAUGAAGAUUCUUAUCCCUCUUAUGGACCAAUCGAAAAUUGAGGACAAUAGAAAGAACAUUGGAAGUCAGGCGUACUUCAUGCUUGAACAUGCAUUUGAUCUUCGCGCUUCAUGCAUUCCUUCACCAACAGAGCGAUUCGAGAUAGUACAUUAUCGACCUGGUGAUCUGUUCAAUGCAGAGACCAUGCGGGUUGAGAAUAUACAUGGGCAGGAGGUUAACCCACCAGACGUUGCUGGAGGAGAGCAUCGUAUCAAGAUCUGUGUGCAUGGUUUAAUGCUGGCACACCAGGUAGAAGAGACUGCAAGGGGCAUUGAGUUCUUGAAGGUUAUGGGUCAGCCCUUUCUUGAGUCUGAUCAAGAAGUAAUGCUGAAGGGCAGGAUUGUGAGUGAGAAAGCGUGUGUCAUUUUAGAGACACAGAUUUAG